GUCAUGUCACAAUAAGUAGAUGCUAGAAUGUACCUUUCCCGUCUUAGGGAUAUACCUUACUCCAGUAAUAGCCACUGGGAUCAUUCUAGGCCCAUGUUUACCUGCCAAGUCUAUUCAUAUCCCUUCUACUUGCUCGAUACUGGUAACUUCACCCAUGCAAUGUGGCGGUAAGACGAGCAACACCUUCCACAACAAACCCACCCCUCUAUGUUGUAUCUUAAUUUACCUUUCGGUUGUGAUUUAUGAUCAUUUUGCAUAUAUACUCCCUACAGGCUACAUACUCACCUUCGAGUAACUGAAUUCUAAUAAAGAGAGGAGCAGGAAACAGAAGAGCAUAAUUGGAAGAGUCACCCGAAAAGACAGAAAAAAAAA